AUGGAUUUGACAUUAUGUUCAUCUUCUUCUGACCCUCUGCAAGUAAAUCGAUAUCUGGGUAUCUGGUACAAGAGUAUUUCCAACGGGACAGUUGUAUGGAUUGCUAACAGGGAUACUCCUGUCAUUAAUGCUCUAGGCGUCGUAAGAGUCCAUGACAAGGUAAUUAUAUUUGAAACAGAUGAUGGGAUAAUAUGGACUUCAAAUACGUCCAUAUCAAUAAAAAAUCCGGUUGCACAACUAUUGGAUUCAGGGAAUUUGGUUGUGAGGGAGGAUAAAAAUGAUAUCAACAAUGCAGGAAAUUUUAUUUGGCAGAGUUUUGAUCAUCCUGUAGAUACUAUGCUUCCUAGCAUGAAGGUUGGAUUAAACUUGGUAACGGGCUUAGAGAAUUACGUUACAUCAUGGAAAAAUGUUGAUGAUCCAUCCACAGGAAGUUUUAGUAACCGUAUUAAUCCUAAUGGUUUUCCACAGUUUUUCAUAUCGAAAGGUUCAGCAAAAUGGUUUAGGACUGGACCAUGGGUUGGUAGCCAGUACAUUGGGUAUCCGAAGAGUAAUCCAAAUGGCAUAUAUAAAGACAGAUUUGUUUUCAAUAAGAAGCAAAUUUAUUAUGAGUUUGAUCUUGUCACUAAAACUUCUGCUGUUAUAAGGUUCAAGAACUUGAAAUUCAGUACAGAAGGUGUUGCCUUGAAAAAUAUUGAGAGCGAAGAGUGGGAGUUGCCACAAAUGGACUUUAAAAGAAUUGUAAAAGCCACAGAUAAUUUCUCCCAGGACAACAAGCUUGGAGAGGGUGGAAAGAUGGCCCGUAAUAACCAAAAUAUGAAAAGUAAGGCCCAGAUUACCUCAAUUUGA